GGAAUAUUGUGUGAAUUUAAAUAGCCUGCUGAUGGAAACGAUGGUAAAAACAGGUUUAAACCCUGUGGGUUAAAAUUUAAAAAAUAACUACAGGAAAGAAGAACAGAUAUUUUUGUCUCUGGGGUGUGGAGAAAGAAAACAACAACAAACCAUGAAAAAAUAAUGGAUAAACGAUAGCUAAAGGGGUAAAACUGUUCAAUUAAGGACAACUGAAAAGUAUAGAGGGGCUAAAUAUACUGCGUACGACUUAAUAAAGAUAGAAAUGCGUAUAAUUGAAAGACUGAAAAAAAUGAACCGCUGUGGUUUUGCAUAGAUUAAUUUGCAGAAGUGUCUCUUAUAUAUGCGCUAGAAUGCUGCCAUAUAAUUUAAUGUAAAAAAAAAAAAAAAAAACCUAAAGGAAAAUAAAUAUAUUUCCUGGUGGGGGAGAGAAACUGGAAGAUAAUAUAUUAUUCAUGGUCUCGGGGAGAAAAACGGGAGAGAUCAUUUCGCCAUGGGAGGUUAAAAACAAUAUGCACGUAAAAUAUUAAUAAUACUAUUUUGGAAGAAAAAAGCAACAACGACAUCAUCAAUAGCCAAGGUGAAAAAAAGUACAUUCGGGAAAACGUGCAUUGAAGCAUGGGCUGUGCUUCAAGCAUUCACAUCUCAGAAAGCAGGGUGGUCUAUCACAGUGGAAAGGAGUCAGAGGAUUCGAACUCACCCCACCAGACCAACAGCACGGCGUCUCAGCAACAGCAAGGAAAUCCAGUCCCAGGAUUAUUUAUUAAAUCCUCGAGCACAUCCACUUACAAGGCAGCGUUUACUGAGGUGCAGUUCGGCCUAAUGAAGCUCCACGUGGAUCAACUUCAGGUGCUGUUAGUAUUUGCCAAAGAAGAUAGCCAGAGCAAUGGAUUUUGCUGGGCAUGUGAGAAAGCUGGCUUCCGGUGUAACAUUGCCAAGACACCCGAAUCUGCACUGGAGAGCUUUCUAGAGAAGCACCAUGACAUCAUCAUCAUUGAUCAUAGACAUUCCAGAAGCUUCGAUGCGGAAGCACUGUGUCGGUCAAUUAGAGCAGCAACAUUUUCAGAAAAUACAGUCAUUGUUGCAGUAGUUAGAAGGCAGGAUCGAGAAGAUGCCUCUGUUAUGCCACUGGUUAACGCUGGAUUCAAUAGGAGAUACGUAGAAAAUACCAAUAUUAUGACCUGUUACAAUGAACUUCUUCAGUUGGAGCAUGGAGAAGUCAGGGCACAGUUCAAAUUAAGGGCAUGCAAUGCUAUCUUCACAGCACUAGAGCAAAGUCAGGAAGCCAUUGAAAUCACAAGUGAAGAUCAUGUGAUCCAGUAUGUAAACCCUGCCUAUGAGUCCAUUAUGGGAUACCAGCAAGGGGAACUUCUAGGGAAAGACAAUACAGAAGUGUCUAAAAGUGAGAACAACAAAGCUGACCUCCUCGAUGCCAUUAAUUCUUGUAUAAAGAUAGGAAAGGAGUGGCAAGGGGUUUAUUAUGCCAAAAAGAAAAAUGGAGAUAACAUACAACAAAAUGUGAAGAUUACACCUGUUAUUGGACAGGGAGGAAAAAUUAGACACUAUGUUUCUAUUAAAAGGCCAUUACAUGACAACAAUAAGGCUGAGAAAUCAAGUGAGCGUGUCCAGGCUGAAUCUCAGACAGAUAUCCAGUCUUGCAAGCACAAGGACAGAAGGAAAGGCUCGUUAGAUGUCAAGUCAACCACUUCACGGGGGAGUGAUGGCAGUUCCCAGCGAAGGCACUCAUCAAUGGCCAGGAUCCAUUCCAUGACAAUUGAAGCGCCCAUCACAAAGGUAAUAAAUAUCAUAAAUGCUGCACAAGAAAGUAGCUCAAUGCCUGUAGCUGAAGCCUUAGAACGAGUGCUGGAGAUCCUGCGGACCACAGAGCUCUACUCGCCACAGUUUGGGGCUAAAGAUGAAGAUCCACAUACAAGCGACCUUGUUGGUGGUCUUAUGACAGAUGGUUUGCGGAGGUUAUCAGGGAACGAAUACCUCUUAGUUACAAAACAUCCCCAUCAUAUCCCCAGUCACCUGAUCACUCCACUGUCUCUCAAUGACAUCCCACCCCGCGUAGCCCAGACCAUGGAAAAUGAAGACUCCUGGGACUUUGAUAUUUGUAAGCUGGAGGGUGUGACAAUCAAAAGGCCUUUGGUUUAUCUUGGUCUCAAAGUAUUUUCUCGCUUUGGAGUCUGUGAAUUCUUAAAUUGCUCCGAAGUAACUUUAAGGUCUUGGCUACAAGUGAUCGAAGCAAAUUAUCAUCAAACAAACUCCUAUCACAACUCCACGCACUCAGCCGACGUACUGCAUGCAACAGCCUAUUUCCUUGGCAAAGAAAGGGUAAAGCAAAGUCUUGACCAGAUUGAUGAAGUAGCCGCCCUCAUCGCUGCCACUGUCCAUGACGUGGAUCACCCCGGAAGGACAAACUCCUUCCUGUGCAAUGCAGGAAGUGAGCUGGCUAUUCUCUAUAAUGAUACAGCUGUGUUAGAGAGCCACCAUGCAGCGCUGGCCUUCCAACUCACUACACGAGAUGAAAAGUGUAAUAUAUUUAAAAACAUGGAGAGAAAUGAAUAUCGAACACUCCGGCAAGCCAUCAUCGACAUGGUCCUGGCAACUGAAAUGACAAAGCACUUCGAGCACGUCAACAAAUUUGUAAACAGCAUUAACAAGCCUUUGGCAGCACUGGAAGAGAAUGGGGCAAAUGGGGACGCUGAUUCUGUCAAAAGCAUCUUGACAUCUCCUGAAAACCGUAUUCUCAUCAAACGCAUGCUAAUAAAGUGUGCCGACAUUUCCAAUCCCUGUAGACCACUAGAGCUGUGUAUUGAAUGGGCAGGGCGCAUUUCAGAAGAAUACUUUGCACAGACUGAUGAAGAAAAAAGGCUUGGCCUCCCUGUGGUAAUGCCUGUUUUUGACAGAAACACAUGUAGCAUCCCCAAGUCACAGAUAUCCUUCAUUGAUUACUUCAUAACAGAUAUGUUUGAUGCUUGGGAUGAAUUUGCAGACCUGCCCAACCUAAUGCAACACCUGGAUAACAACUUCAAGUACUGGAAAAAACUGGAUGAAAAGAAGCUAAGGAGUCUUCGACCUCCACCUGAAUGAAGAUACAGACUGUUUCUGUUAUGGCAAUAUCUCAGUGAGACCAGACCAGGUGUACCUUAAAACUACAUACUUAUCAUUAACUACAUACAAAAAUGUUUUUAAAAAACAAAAGAAGCGUUUGCAACUGGUUCCUGCGGCCUGUGACAAUCCUAAAGAUUUUAUGGUUCAGAUGACAAGGGAUUCCUUCUGUGUAUACCUCGCCGGGCAAGCACGCCAGGUGGAAAAAUAAAUAGACAGAAACAAGUGUUGUCCUGACACAGAUUUCAAGAAAGUAAUGAUGAGUGUUGUCUAUGGGACUGCUGUGGUCUGAUACAAGGCUAGGACGACACAGUUUGAAGAAAUUACACUGAAAGAAGCCAUGAGUACUGUGUACAUACUGUACAUGUUAAGUUCACAUAUUUAGGUUUUUACUUUUUAAGGUGCAAACACUUCUAAACUCUUGUGCUACAUUCAGUCUUCAUUUUAAACUUCUCCGUUCUCACUGUUUCUCAUCAACAAGUCUACUGAACCACAUCUCCCAAGUCCCAAAGGAGCAGUUGGGUGGAGUCUGCGAAGAUGGGCAAUUGUAUAAAAGAAGAAGCAAUUUAAGCUUUCCAAACUUGAUCAUUAGCAUUUAUGAUUUAGACUUUUAUUGAUUUUAUUUAUUUUGUUAGAUAUUCAAUAUUUUCUAUGAAUUUAUAAAAACUGAAGAAGAAAAAAAGCCAAAGCUGACUUUUAAAAGCAUCACAGUUUUACGAGUCAUAUCCAUACAUAAACACUUUAUUGAUGUAUAAACCUUUUAUUUUCAUAAUGCAAAAACAGAAUGACUCCUUUUCUAUUGCACUGUAAGAAUAGAUACAUAUGUUUUAAUAUUUUGUCCAUUACUUGGGAUGAUGUCAUUAGGAAUAAGCUGUUUCCUCCUAAGGGAGUGGAAAAUGUAUGCAUACACACUGAAGCUGUGAUUAUCCCAGCCAUGCACCUUUUGGGUAACAUUGUAACCUUCCCAGGUCUCAAUAACAGGAGAACUAACAUGUAAAACAUCCUUGGAAUUCAAAGAUUUUUCUUCCCAGAUAUUUUGUAUCAGAUAUCCUACUGAAAGACUGCCUUAUUUUAUACAAUAUUUAUACAAUACACCUGCAGUGUAAAUUAAAGGAAUAUUUGGAUUUUUUUUUUAGCCAUUUAGAGAAAAAAAAUACUAUUGAAUCUCAAAAUUUUUAUAGUCUAUGUAUUUUCCACUAAAGAGAGGGGGAAAAGGUGAACACAAGAUAUUUGUAAAGAUGUUUGACUAAAACAUUGGAAGGACAUUUAAGAUACACAAGUUAAAAUAAGUGUAUGUAUAUUUUCAGGUGUUUCAGAAUGAAAAGGAGUUUAUUGGUACAAUAUAUCAGCCUUGACGUUUAUUACCAAUUUUGAUUUUGACAAUUAUUCAUAUUUUAAUUUAUCUUAUAAUAAGAAAUCUUAUAUUUCCAA